AUACUUCUCCCCUUCCCCUCCCUCUACCCUCCUCCUCUUCUGCUGGAAAAAGGGUUUAAGCCGCGGCCUCGCCGGGAAGCCCACCGUCGCGCCGCCGCUCUCUCCCCGCUCGCUUCCUCCCGCCGCCGCCGCUUUCCCUGACUGCCUCCUCGUCUACUGGCUCAGCUCAAUCCCCCCAUUCCCGCUGGGACCGGGAACCAGGGACCUCGAAUCCAACUCCUAACCCUAGCUAGCUAGCUAUCUACUGCGAUGCCGAGCUUCCCUCCGCCGGGCGCCGUCACCAUCUGCGAGAUCAACCGCGACCUCGUUGCGGCGGAUGCGCUCUCCGACGCCCGCGCCAAGGACGCCUACGGGGAUGUGCUCGGGAUGGUCUUCGCCCCUAUUCCAUUCCAGCCGGAGGCUCUUCUCCCCAGCCGCGAGCCUGCUGCUCCUGCCGCGGACCAAGUCGAGCCUGCUGAGACUGCCCCCGCACCUGGUUUGGCUGCCACCAUAUCCGAGUUCUUCAGGCGGAUGGUCUUCCCUCCACUAGAUCCAAAUUUGCUAGAAGAAUUUGACACCCAGAAAGUAAGUUGGAAUCCAUACAAGCAUUGCUUAGCAUUUGUGUCUGGCAAGAACCAGGUUACUGUCCAAGACUUUGAGGAUUCAGAUGCUAAAGAACCAUGCAUUUUAACAAGUGACCAUCAAACGGAUGUUAAGGCUGUUGAGUGGAGACCAAAUAGCGGGAAGAUGAUUGCAGUUGCCUGCAAGGGAGGGAUAUGCCUCUGGUCGGCAUCAUAUCCUGGCAAUGUUCCGUUCAUGAAACCUGGCAUCACCUCAUCUUCCUCUAGUGCCUUCCCUAGAGGUUCUGGUGGUCAGUGGAUACUGGUGGAUGUUCUUCGUGGCUCUUCUGCUGAGCUCAUUAGUGCACUUUGUUGGAAACCUGAUGGGAGAUACUUGGCAUCUGCCUCAUGUAAUAGUCCAUCUUUCACAAUUUGGGAUGUGUCUCAAGGGUUGGGAACUCCUAUACGGCGUGGAUUAAGCAAUAUAUCAUUAGUGCGGUGGUCACCCAGUGGAGAUUACCUUCUAGCUGCUAAAUUUGAUGGUACAUUUCACUUCUGGGAGACGAACACAUGGACUUCAGAACCCUGGUCUUCGUCUAAUGGAUAUGUGUCUGGAGCAAAUUGGGAUCCAGAAGGUCGUGUUGCAUUGUUAUCCUUUUCUAACUCGACGACACUUGGCUCAAUUCACUUCUCAUCUAAGCCACCAUCCUUAGAUGCCCACCUCCUACCAGUUGAACUUCCAGAAAUUUUCUCCCUGAUUGUUAGCCGAGGCAUAGAGAAAUUAGCAUGGGAUGCUUCAGGGGAACGUCUGGCAUUGUCGUUCAAAGAUGGAAAUGAAAUGUACCGUGGGCUGAUUGCUGUAUAUGAUGUGCGGAGAUCUCCACUUAUCUCACUAUCACUAGUUGGAUUCAUUCGGGGACCUGGAGAAGGAGCAAAGCCACUCGCUUUUGCUUUUCAUAGCAAAUUUAAGCAAGGGCCAUUGCUUUCUGUGUGUUGGAGUAGUGGUUGGUGUUGUACAUAUCCACUGAUACUUCGUUCUCAUUGACGCCAAUUGUAGCACCUCACUGGUUCAGGACUGAAUGUUUUAAUUAUUAUUGGCGACUUGGAAGACUGAACGUUGCAAUGUGCCUAGGAGAAAUGCAAAGCAUGAAUUGUAUCCCAUGUAUGUAACAUUAUGACUUGAGAAAUGGUGCCUAUUGAAUGCAUUCAUCUCCAGAUGUAUUUGAUUUGAUCUGUAUGUACACUUAUGUUAAUUUUACCAGUUUUUCUUUUGUCUAUACGCGGAUAUUAUUUGCAA